UCGGGGUUCAAGCAAUGUCUCAUUUGGGAUUCACCGACAGUUGACAAAUAGGUUGUAGAGACAACAGACAACAGCGAACGCAAACAGCAGUUUUUGAUUUAAAUAGUUUAUUGCAUUUAAUUUAAAUACUUUUUUUUUGUGGAAAUGGAGCUUAAAGGUAAAAAUGUGAUAUAUUCAGGAGGUUUUGGGGGCAUCGGCCAAGCAUGCAUCAAAGAGAUCCUGAACAGUGGUGCUAAGCAUAUGACAAUAUUUGAUCUCGUUGAGAAUAAAGAAGCCAUGAUUGGGUUUAAGAAGUCUUACCCUGGUGCCACAAUUGAUUUCAUACCGUUCGAUAUGCGAAAAAAGGAGACGAUCACAGCGGCCUUUAAAACAGCUAAAGCUAAAAUGGGGCACUUUGACGUUCUGGUCAAUAGUUGCGGUAUAAUGAUGGAUAGUGAAGUUGACCUAACAAUCCAAAUCAACUUGAUGGGUCUAAUCCAUAGCAACCUAGCUGCGCUGCCUUAUAUGGAUAAAUCAAGUGGGGGACGCGGCGGUGUUAUUGUAAAUAUUUCAUCUGUUGCUUGCUUGGAACCACCACCUUUAUAUCCUAUAUAUUCGGCUUCCAAAGAUGGUGUAAAAGCGUUCACCCGUUCCAUGGCGGAUCAAGUGUACUACGAUCGUUUCGGCGUCAACUUUAUAACAAUAUGUCCAGGAAUCACAGACACCCCCAUGUCAGAGGGUUUUUAUACAAGAGUUUUUUUUAAGUUUGUCGAGGAAAAAGCUCAAGCUCUUGCCAAAGCCAAACAACAGCCUGUAGAUGUGUUAGCAAAGAAUAUAAUAAAGGUAAUGGAAACUGGCAAGAACGGUGGUGUCUACAUGCUGAAUUUAGGCAAUAUUGAAGAGAUUACAUUUCCCAAGUUUUGGGAAGCCACUUUUUAGGCACACUAAGAUAUUGUGACAAUUAUUAAAGAUAGUGUAAUAUCAAUCAUA